UCUCCAGUGGGCGGACCGUAGCGGUGACAGCGACGCUCAGAGUCUCCCGACAAACUGCCAAAAAGCAGACAACAAACGCCAUGGCAGAGUUAGACUUGAGUCUGAGCGACGCUCUGGUGGACAGUGCUCCGCAGCAGGGUCCAGAAAGCCGAGUGGAGAGGGAUUUUGUGGCUCAGUUGGAGGCCGAGACCUUCGACGAUCAAAUCGGGGAGACAGUAGGCAAGACGGAGUACAUUCCUCUGCUGGACAACGAUGAUGCCACUGCAGGUACAGCAUUGGAAAAUGGAGAACAGCAAGCUCAGGGGGUGCAAAAACCUGGUUUUAAACUGACCACAGGGGGGCAGACAUCAAUGUCGUCACUCCCAGAACAUCGGGGAGAGGCGCAGCCACACAAACUUGACCACCAACAGUUCUUGGCAGCAGACUUCUUAUCAGGUUUCUCCCAGCCUGCAGGCCCAGGGUUGAAUAUAGAGGUGGGGACUGCUGCUCUCACUGCAGAGAAGUCUCCAAGUAUCGCUGAUCCUCUGCAGCCCGCACCCUCAGCAGGGUCAGAGGCCCCUAAAGUGCCCCACACCCCCAUGCUGCCUGAACCACAAGCUCCUCGCAGCCCCCUGGAUCUGUCAGCAGGUGCCUUAGGUGACUGCUGGCCAGACCCGACUGGCUGCCUAUCAACAGACCUCCCUUUCACCCCCAGUGUCACCUCUGUCAUCAGUCGCCAUGCUAACAAUCUCGCAAUGAUUCGUGACGACCCACCUAAGACCUGGCCCAGCAGAGAAAGCACCGCGUAUGCCGGAGGUGACGAAAGGGACGGAGAGGAAUCAGACAGAAAACAGAAGAAAAAGAAGAAAAGGAGACAGAAAGAGGAGGGCUCUUAUGAACACUUCGAAAGCAAGGGUCACCUUGAAGUGCAGUCACAGGGAGAAAGCAUUCCCUCGGAAGAAUUGUUCUACCAAAGGACUGAACCGAAACGAGAUAGUGGAGACGGUGGAUGGGAGGAACAAAUUUGGAAAAGCGGAGGACGAGGUAAGAAGGGCAAGAGCAGGAAGAAGAUUCCUGAAGAGUGGGAAGUGUCUCCAGAGCCAUUUGCCACAUCAUCCACAGGUAAAAUCACCCAAGAGGUUAUGAAGGACCUUGGAAGUUCAGCUCCAACAACCAUGGAAGUCUCCUUUGCUGACAUAAAUACAAACCAGACCCCCUGGAAACAGGAGAACUUCACAGAGGAAGGUCGAGUGCCUUCUCCACUAUCCCAUGAUAUAUUAGCUCCUGCAACAGUUUCCAUCAGCCCACUCGUCUUGAACAGCGAGCUGAAAGCUACAGCAGCUCCAUUUACGAUGCCCUCCUCUACCAAUGCUGGCCCAGUUGACUCCUUCCCCAUGGCUGCUAAUCCCAGUGAAUCGUUUGAAGUGCUAAUUGACACUGAAAAUGCUGGCUUUGGUGACAUGGUUGACAGUGGGAUGUUUGACAACACGAGUUCCUUCCAAGAGCCUGUUGUGCAAGUCAUAUCUGAGUUAGAUACUUCUGCUUUUAGCCCUUCUUCCCAGCCAGGCUUGGCCCUUUCCCCAAACAGCGAGGUGUUAGCAUCAGCUCCACCCCUUUCACCGUCAGAUGCUUCAUGGCUCCUGAACAACUCCCACACUAGCAGCAACAGUGAGCCAUUUGACUUCAGUGACAUGAGCCCUUCCAGUCAUUCUAUACCCAUAAACCUGGUAUUUGACACCCCUUGCCCAGCCCCACUCCGCUCCCCCAAAACCACAGCACAGGAAUGCCAAACCAAAGAGCACAAAAAUGAGCAGUCGGAAAAGAAGCAAUCCAAGAAGUCUCGUUCGUCAUCAUCUUCCUCUGUUAAGAGUCCCACCUCCUCAGAGGCAAAGAAAUUCACUCCUAAAGAAUCUCCAAGUGUCAGUCCCUCUUCCUCCCCAUCAGUCAUCUCUCUUGGAAUUCCAGCAUCUGGCCUUAACCCUGCAGCAAAGCCCUUCUUUCCCAGCUUUGCUGAUACCGUGGAACAACCAAGUGUGGUUUCCCCCAUCAUCGAAGACAAUGCUGCCAAGGGUGACAAAAAGGAGGAGAAGCUAGAGGAAAAGCCCAAGGUAGACCUUAUGGAUUCAGCUGAGCAGAAGAGUGUAAAGGUUGGAUUUGCAAUUAGUGAGACAGCAGCCAAGGUGGAGAAGGAUGUAGGAACAGAAAAACUAAAUCAAACAAAUAUCAAUGUUUGGAAAGAGCCCGAAAAUGUUCACCAGAAGGAGAAAAAGGCAGAAAUGGUCACAGAGGGAGAAGAGCUUAAUGCGAAAGAGAAACCCACUGUGAAAGUUACAGAGCAAAAAGACUCUGAAAAGGUCCCUAAUGAGAAAGAGGCAGUGAAAGUUAAAGAGGAGUCCAAAAGAGUGAAAGAGAAACUAGCAGAGAAGGCUGAAGAAAAAACGAAAGAAAAAGAGCCAGAGAAAGUGGAAUUAGUCCAGCAGAAAAUAGAAAAAGUGGAUGAAACAAACAAACCUGAUGAACCUGCAGACAAAUUGGUAAAGACAGAGACAUUUGACAAGGCAGAAAAAGCAGAGAAGGUGGCCAUGACAGAAAAAGUCGCGAAAAAAGCAGAGGAUGUAAAAGAGAUUGAGGCAAGUGUCGAAAACAAAAUCACUGAAAAGACAGAGUUGAAGGACAGCAACGAGCAACACAUCGAAUUCAAAGUGGAAAAGACCCCCGAGCAGCUGCCGACACCUGUCAAGCUUGACGCCACUCUUGACAAGGCGGAAAAGAAGGCUGACAUCGCAGCUGAUGUGGAAGAAGCCACAAAACCUUCGGUUCAUACACACAAAGCUGAGAAAGCGCAGAAAGUAGAUGAACUGGAGAAACCUUUAGAGAAGCCAGCGGAGACAGCAAAGCAAAUAAGUGGAAAGGAAGAGAAGCAGGAGAAAAUACAGAGUGACAAAAAGCUGGUGGAGAAAAAGGAUGACAAGAAGGAAAAGGCUGUGAAAGCAGAUGGAGGAGAGACGGCCAGAAAAGCUAAACCUUCCACCAAUGGGAGCAGCCCAGCACCAAGCAAAGACUUGGCGAGUGCAGACAAGAAGACUAAGCCUGCUGCCGGGGCAACAAAACCGAGCACCAUCUCGAAAACACGGCUGGUCACAGCCCCCACUGGUAGUGGUUCUGCUGCAGCACCUAUUAAGCGCCCCACACCCUCCUCAACCACCUCCACCUCAGAGAAAAAAACAACAACCAAGGCACCAUCAGCAGCCGCUAGUGGCCCAAAGAGGCCCUCUACCAAUACUGCCAGCCGUCUUUCAUCCUCAGCCACUACCACUACACGUGAUUUUAAACCCAAGACCCCCGCAGAAAGGCGCCCUCUCCUGCCAAAGGCCAGCACCACCACCUCAAGCCAAGCAGGCUCCUCGGCUGCUACCAAAAAUGGAACAACCACCUCAACAACCAGUAAAACGACUGCAUCGACACGCACAACUUUGACAGCCCGCAGUGCGACCACCACGGCAUCCAAAAAGCCCCUGGCCUCUAAGACAGACAGCCAACCAAGUGGGGAGAAGAAGCCAAGCACUCUAAAGACUUCCACAGCCGAUUCCACCAAACCCAAGACCACCGCCACCACCACAAUGCGCAGCUCCACUUCCACUACCGCCUCUCGCACCCGAACCACAGCCCCCAAAACGACCACACCUUCCAGCACUGCUGGUGCGGUGACAGAGAAGAAGCCCCUGGUACCCCGUGUUCCCAGGACCACCUCCUCUGCUACAACUAACACGACAACCAGCACCUCGAGGACCACGGCUCGUCCCGGCACCGCGCCGGCCCCCGAUAUCCACAAUGCCCGCUCAAAGAUCGGCUCUACGGACAACAUAAAGCACCAGCCAGGAGGUGGAAAGGUGUCAGCCGCCUCUAAGAGCAGGGUCCCCGCCUCCAAAGAAAAAAGCCAGGUCAAAGUUCAGAUAGUCUCCAAAAAACUGGACUUCAGUCACGUCGGCGCACGCUUGGGCUCCAAGGACAAUAUGAAGCAUGUUCCUGGUGGAGGGAAUGUACAGAUUCUCAACAAAAAGGUGGAUUUGAGUAAAGUGACGUCAAAGUGUGGCUCCAAGGACAACAUCAAACACAAGCCUGGUGGUGGUGUCGUGAAGAUUGAGUCACAUAAGGUCAAUUUUAGGGAAAAAUCUCAGUCCAAAGUGGGAUCUAUGGACAAUGUGAGCCAUUCACCUGGUGGAGGAAGCGUCAAAGCUGAGGGGCCCCAAGAGACAGACGAAGGUGUUGGGACACCGUCCUUAGCCCCUGGCCCUGAGUCUGGGCAGUUGGGGAGCCCUGCUGCCCAUGAGAAUGGGCUGAAGGAGGGAGCUUCCUGUGAUGCUGAGGGUCACCAGGAGCCCCAGGCCCUGGUUUCCCACAUCCCAGAGACAAAUUGAGUCUUUCAAGCUCAACUUCCGCGAGAAAGCUCGCUCUCGCACCGACCACGGCGCCGACAUCAUCACCGGAUCCUCCUAACAACAACAGACGCCCCCGCCCCCACCCACGUGGUUCCUCCUUGUCACGUGCACCACAACCCAGAUCCAUACAGCGUCCGACAUGACCUCUGUUGCAUCAGGUCCUCCUUUGCUCCCUUCCUUGCUUCAGGGUGGAGGUUCAGGGGCACAAAGGGAUCUUGCCCACCUUUCAACCUCUAACACCUGCGUUCAGUAAAAUCAUGCCCUGUUGUCAACCCAAUCUUUCUAUUUUUAGCUGAACUGUUUCUUGGUUGACUGGACUUUGCAUCACCCUGCCCCUUUCUCUCUAAAUGUUAGUCAGCAGGACAGCCCCCCUCCACCCCAUUAUAUACAUAACCUACUUGUCCCCUGGUAUCAACAACCAACUCUCUCAUAUCUUUGCUUAAGUAUAGUUCAUUCACUUCUUCACAGUUUCACUCUAGCUUAGAAACAUAAACAGGCUGACAUACACACAAGUAACAUUUUAGACUAUUUAACUCUUGAUGACAGUGUUUCGAGUGACAACCCUAAAAAGUAGCUUUUGAUGGGUCCUUCCCAUUUGCAUUGAUUACCUCUUACCCUUUUAAUUUUAACAUGCUUUAUUUAUUGUCAUUUGACGUUUCUUGCUAGAUUAUAGCCGCAACAUUAGCUCUCAGAGAGUUCUGGAUCAACUUUUUAUAAACCAAGAGCGCCCUCACAUUUGGCAGUCUAUACCGUGCUCAAGCGAGUAUUAUUCUUCGUCUUUUGUUUUAUUAUGGUAAAACCCCAGACUGAUCCGUGCCAGGAACUUGCGAAAAUCUGUGUGUAAUUGAUGCCUACACAAAAGAAGGAUUUGGAAAUGCCUAUAUACAACACAAGAUGGUGCCAAAUGACCCCUCUUGUCUAAAUGAAGCUCCUCAACUCACUUCAAAUUGUUUUCUCUGCACCAAGAUGGCACAAUACUGUUUUUGCCUUUGCCUGAGCACAAAAACAGCAAAUAGUUGAUUUUUCCUGCAAAUAGAAGCUAGGAUCCAGAAAAAAACAAUUAUUUGCAAAUGCGAAACUAUGAAAAUGCGACAGUUUACUGUAGUUGGAGUACUUUGCUGAAGCAUAGGACAUUUCCCUGCCCCUCAAAAUCAUUGGCAGAGGUGUGCUCGGGCAGGAUUACGGUAAAUUGCAGUAAAGCUGUGUUGCAUCACAACACGACACAAUAGAUGAGCCGAACUUGCUUCUGCUCGUUUGAGUCUAGCGGGGACAGCAGGUGACAGGAAGUAGAGGGUUAACAGUGCUUCAGCACGGUAUUGGACAACUGACCCCAUGUGAGUGCGCCCUAAGGCACAAAAUGAAGGCAGAGGUUAAAUUUAGGUGGCGUUAAGAGGAAAGUGAGCAAAGAAAUGUGGGGAAAUGGCAAGAUGCGUGUGGUUUCUGAAUAUAUUUUAAUGUAACAGUAAUUAGAGGGGUUUUAACUGAUAUUGCGAUCUAGAGGGAGAUGAGGAAGGUGGUUGCGAGAAGUAUGUGCCUCCUUCAUGAGUUUUCAUUCUUGUAAACUUCAGUAAUCCCGGAAGUAACCUGAAUGUGUUGUCAAAACUGGCAGAAAUAUAGUGGCAUGUAAUUUCAUUUGAAUCCAGGACUAAAUGCAUUACGACCCUUAGUCUUGUAUUGGCUUAUUGUAAGUCGGUGACAGUACGGGGAAGUAGUUUCAGAUCAUUGUGGUUUUCUCUUUUUAGUUCUAGGAUUAAAUUGAACUAAUGCAGGCAAAGAAGAGAUUUAAAUCAAGUGGCCCCAUGUCUCAACUAGAGUACUUAUUAGCGCUGAAUCUCGAGUUAUUUUUGUGUUUAUUGGUUUACUGGCUACUUUUGCUCUCCUCAAAACAAACAAGCCCUUGCAGUUUUCUUGUCACCUGUCGUGUUUAGUCUGUUUUUUUUUGUCCACCUGGGGGCAGAAAAAGCUCUAAAAUGCACCAUUACACAUGGGUGGCAUACACCAUGUCUGGCAGGUUUAUUUACAGUAAUAAGAAGGAAUGGAUAGAGACUGUCAUUUUGUCACCUUAAUAGUGCAAAUGCAGUGGCUCCAUUUAGGUUGAUGGCAAUCCAACUCUGAUGUGUUUGUUUAGAAUAAAUUUGUCUAUAGAAAAUAUUGGAAAUAAGUUAGUGUUGCUAUUGUAAAACCUAUUAACCAUGCUUAAGUAACAUUUUCUGUAUCUUAAUUGUUAUACAAGUCAAGUUAACCACUGUUAUCAACAUCAGUACCUAAUGUGUACUCAAACAUGAUUUAUGUGCAACAAAUGGGAAUGUGUGUAAGUUAAACUUCUGGUUAUAAUCACAUUUUCCUCUUUGCUAUCACAAAAACAAAUUUAAAGAAAAAGCAGAAAGGUCAGCUUUUAGUUUGUCAAGAGCAUAUAGUAUGAUGGCAGUUCAAAGCCCAUGGCUUUUUGCAACUUUAGUGGCAUUAUUUUUCCCUCCAAAAAAUUUUGUUGAUUUAAAUCGAAUUUUCAGUGUAAGUCAAAAUAACAAUUUUUCACAGGAAGCUUUAUUUUAAUUUAAAAGGGAAUAUUUUUUUUUUUAAAUUAACACUGAUUUGGUCUUUUCAGUUUUACAUCCUAAGUAUACUGUAUUUUAAAUUCUGUGCCAAACGUCCAAAGGUGAAUUCAAACCAACUAAACACUCCUUAAUUUUAUAUCCAAAUCGUCACUUUAAUGCUUGGCACAAACAUUGCACCUUAACCCUCGGAUAUACAAUAGGCUAUUCUAUCAACGUGGACCCUCUCUUCCACCAAAACAUGAUCCAACAACUUUAUUUGAAGGACAUAUUUUCUUCAUGAUGUGGACAAAGAACAAAUAUUAAAUCAUUCACUGCUAGCCUUCCCAGUUAACUUGGAUAUUUGACUUCUAAAGCCGUCAAUGGCAGUGAAUGUGUUAAUUUCAUAAUGAACAAAUUCACAAAUAUAAGAACAUGUCCCCUACUAUCAAGCCAUCACUUUAAAGACCGUUCCAUUCAAUUUGAACAAGUAAAAUUUGUGUGAAUUUUGCAUUAUGCCAGUUUGUGGCCAUGUUUUAGCUUUGCCUGUACCCCAGAGUUUUUUUUUUAUUUUUUUUUAUGUUUUUUGGUUUAUUUGUUUUUGCUUCAUGCUACUAUGAGACUGCACACAGAUGUAUAUAGGUAUUUUAUUGCUGAUGCUCUCUCUGAAAAGAACAACACCCACAGCAGGUUUUUUUAAAAGACAGAAAUAGCUUUUACGUCGUCGUACCUUGAUUUCGAAACGGGAAGGAUGCUUUAUCAUAACAUUUAACGAUUUAUGUGGCGAAAAUUACUGUUAUAAAAUGUUAGCCUUUUUCAUUUGAAAGGGGCCCUUGAAGUGAAAGAAUGUCUUAGACCUAUUGAACGAUUUUUUUUAAUUUUAUUUAUCAUUGUGUUCCUGUAGCCUCACAGCGGGUGUGCUCUUGUGGUUGAACUGGGUGAAAAUAUUCUCAAAACAAAUUUAGACAAGUCAAAAAGAAGGUAACCAGGUUAUGGUUUUGUAUAUUAACAUUAGGGAUGGGCAUGUUAGUUCGUUAGCAAUGCUCUCGCUAGCAUUGAAUCGAGGAAUCUUCUUGAUUAUGACAGCAAUAUUGAAACAGGCGUUCAGAGAUUCUCACAUCACAUUAAAAAAUAUUCAAGUAAGAAAUUGUGUCUUUUACCAAUAUUCAAUCAAGGAUGUUUAACAAAAUGCCCAUCCCUAUUUAUUCCUCUACAGGUUUCUGGGAUAACAUAUCAGAAUACUGUGUAGGGUUCCAAUUUAUAAUCGGUUAAUGGUUCAAAACGACUAACUAUACCUGUGUAUGUUUGGCUUGUUUCACGAAGGCUGCUGUGUCAUCUUACCGAGUGCUGUGGAGCGUCAUCUCCCGCCGUAGCACUCAUAGCAGACAUACAAGUGUAAACCUAAUAGCUCCUAAAUAGCUGUUGUAAACCUGCAGAGCAUGCUGAAAAAACAAUAGGAUGUGUUCAGUAGACGUAAUUCAUGUCAUUGGCAGAACCUCCUUGUUUUUGUGUCGAUUUUUUUCGUUCAUUUGAUUUUUUUUUUUUUUUUUUUCGGGUUGGAAAAAAAAAGUGUUUAUUGUGACUACCUGUUAAUUAGUGAUGUGACAAUUAAACAAA